AGGCGAAAACUCCUAAUUAGAUAAUUUUAUUUUACAGAGGUUCAGCUAGUUAGUGUUCUUUAAACAGUCCAAAAUAUAUUCUUGCUUUCCGAGAACGAACAGCCCCAGUUGAAUUCAUGAAGAUAGUUGCCGCGAAUAGCAAGAAAAACUUGAGUUAAAACAGUUAUUUAACUUAAUGUAGUAGCCCACUCAGCUAUUGUAAAAUAGUAUAUUUUUUUCAGCUGCAUUCAUUGCUAAGACAAAACAUGCAUAUUUCAGACUACUUAAAAGUUGGAACGGCAAGGAUAUAUCCCCAGAAAGUAGACGCGUGACCCACCCUUUCGCUUCGUCCGUUUCUAGGGCAACAGCAAGUCUUUGUUGAUAAUCAGCGUCCUGUAUGUAAUCCUAAGAGCCGAAGCAGCGUUCCUGAGUCAGUGUUCUAAAUAGCUCUGUAUCAACAAACAACUAUGCGACAAGCGAAUGCACCCCCUUUAAUUCAUUCUAAAUCAACGUAUUUCAACCGGCUCUCAUUCAGCGGGCAUAGUUAGCUUUAUGUGCCAAUAAAAAGCACGAUAUCACUGUGUAUUCUACAAGUAAGGUUUCAUUAUCUAUACUAUAAGAAGACUCCGUUUGUGUAAUGGGUGUAUUUGAGGUGAAUUAAAAAGAGUAAAUUUGAAGUCAGUUUAGGACAACUAGGAGAACACGAUGGCUUCUCCAGGGAAAGCGCUUCAUUCACGAAGUGUGCCCAAUUCACCGAAAAGGUCGCCGACGGUUGUGAAUCGACGCCGACAGCAGCUACAAGAUGCCAUUAAUCGUUUACUGAUGGAGUUGAUGCUAGCACAACCCGCCCAGCCCUUACGUUUUAUCGAGGAUUACUUUAGCUAUCCAGAAAACUCCAUUGAACGACACGUCGUUUCUUUGAAAGCUCUUGACCCUCUAAGGAUAUCCAACGGAUUCGUCUUCCACAAGAUAUUCCACUCAUUGUGUGCACCUGGUGUCAGCUACCUACGCUGCGAAGUACUGGUCGAUCUUGUUGAUCGCUGUUUAGCUGACUGUAAUUUCAGUUUGGGCGAUAUGCUUCGAGGACGGCCCAUGUUUCAUGGGCAUGCCAUAAAUUUUCGAACGUUUCGUCUCGUGCUCACCGAGUGCCUCAGCUAUCGACUACUCAAAAACUUUAUUGAUGAACUCGAGCCAUGCGUCUCAAACGAGACCUUAUGGACAUCAGUCGAAGAGGUUGUUGCCCCGAAUCAUAAAGCCGAGCUUCGUGAAAUCCUCCUAUCGUCACAAUUGGAUACAUCAAGCCGCAUACUACCACAUCAAAUGGUUGACAUAUAUCGAACGGUUAUCCUCCAAACGCAUCUCGAUGCUCUUCUCGUUAACGACGAAACGUUCUGAAUGAGGACCGUAAGAGAGCGAAUAGCAAACGGAGAUUCAACGGAACAUUCUGCUUCAAAGCCUUUGUUAUCAAUGUUCAGACGUAAUUUCGCAUUCCGUAAAAAAUCCCGCUGUGACACUGGUGAGCGGUUCUACAGCGCGAAGAUCUCUCGGAAGAACGAUCUUUUCGGCGACUCUAAUUGGCACACCCAUUGUAUAUAACACUAACAUUGUUCCAUAAUAGCUAACAUUAUAUAGUAAUUAAUUUUUCACCUAUCAAGCUCUAUAUGAAGCUCGAAACUAAGCUGCUGAACACUAGUUAAAAGUAAACGUUGUGUUUUAUAACACCUAUAAUAUACAUGACAAUACAGUUACUAUUGACUAAACUCAUUGGAUCCGUUCUAGCUCAAGCUUACCGAGCCUAAAAAGUCAUAUACUACAGAUAGUAUAUUGCUAUUAAUGUGCGCUAAACUAAUGCGGUGCAAACCAAUUAAUUUUAAAUUAUUACAAAAUAUUUAUUAAUUGUGGCCAUGUUACAUUUUAAAGAUGAGUUUAUAUAAGUUAUAAUAAUAAUAUUUAUACAAAUUAACAAUAGACCAAACAUUAACAAAUUUAAAAAAGGAAAUUCAAUUAUAAAUUAUUGAGGUUUCAACGAUGGAGUGAUUGUUCGUAAAAAUUUACGAAGGAAAAUAGUUACACUGAGUGCCUAAAUGAUCAACUCAAUCCAUUAUUUUCGGAUAGCGACUUAAUAAAUACAUCAAAACGGUGUUUCCUUCAACUGGAUAAUAUAAUACACGUUUAAGAUAUGUUUUACCCAGAUAAUACAAUUUGACGUGAGCAUGCCUGCUUUUCAACUAAUUAUCGCCUCAGGUAUACGGAUCAGCAUUCUCUACCGAUUAGUUAGCUGCUUUAUCAUUGACGUGGCUAUCUGACUGAUCCGUGUCUAGUUGAGGUCGGAAGAAAAUAAUGCCAUACGCAUUGAAGUGAGUAUUCCCUAAUAUUGUGCUGAUAUGGAAAAAUAAAACGGCUCGUAUUGACGUAUUCGUUGAGUCAUCGGAAGCGUAAAACGCCAUUACGAUUAGAUUGAACUACGUAUACGAAAGGAAUAUGGGUUACGUGCUCGCACCAAAUGCUACAGCAGCAGAUAAGACCGAAUAGUACGUUAUCGAACUAUAUAACCAAAAGUGCCUCUGAGUGCUGAAUGACGCUAUAAAAACUAUUGUGUGACGACACUGUCAUAUAAGCGCAUCGUAAUGUAACGACACAAUAAUAUCUCAUCUGUUGUUAGUACGUUUAGUUACACUGAUGCUAGGAGAAUUCUUAUAUUGGUUGUGCGUACAAAAUCAUCACUCACGUUAUAACGUAGCUAAAAUAAAUAAUCGUCUGCCGUCAUCCCGUGUCAAUUGACGACGUAAGGGUUGGCUGUGCCUCGAAGCUUGAUACCUCAAGGAAUCUUCGACGUAUAGCGUAUACAUGCACGAUAUAUUAUAGUUUGUUUAUUAUAAUGUGAUCUGAUAUGACGUCAUGAAAUCUACUUUUGAAUUUUACGCCUAUAUUGGCUAGACUCGCCGUUGUAUUUACUCUAAAAGUAAGAAAACUAUUCACGGCCAGUUUUAUCAUCGAUUACAGGGUACUUUUUGUAUUUGUGUAAUACAUUUAUAUUAUCAUACACACGUAGAGGAUGAAUAUAAGCUCGAUUAUAGAAAAUAACCAAUGAUUUUUCGGUCAACGUGACGUUAGCGUGAAUGUGAGACCUCCAGUUUCAAUCCCAGCCGAGGCUAAAAUUAGUGAAGCUCUUACUACUUACGUACCCUAAAAUUACAUUUGACUAAAGAAAUAUCAUUACACUUGAUACUCUCCAUAUGAGAGCAAUAUUUGGAACAGGCAUUGGAGCCUACUGCGAUGAUAUCUGAGGGGCGUAGCUCUGCCAAUAAAAAUGCUUUUUAUAUAGAAAAACACACACAAAUAGGACGUGUAAAGCGCGUCGCUAUGGUAUGAGCAUGAAAGUUCUGAAAGGUUAGUUUACAAAAGGAGAAGGAUAAUAAGGCUAGAUCCAUAUUUUAAACCAACCGUGGGUUAAUUCCUACUGGAUUUAUAGAAAUGACCAUUCUGAAAAUGUGUAACACUUUUGUUCAAA